CAGGUCACAAGAACAGCUUCGGUAUUGCCAGGGUCACAAUUGCCGGUUAUCCGCUGCCGUGCUUUUCACCCAGCGUAACAUUUCUAGUAUCUCCAGCAAGAGUAUGUAUCUUCGGGGGUUGAGACGUAUUAUAUAAAGGAGGGCGUUCCUGUGGUCCUUAUCCUCAGGAAGUAUCUAUUCAAGCACUCUUGUAUAAGCACUAUUCAAUUAUGCGGAUGAUAAAGACCUGCUCAGUCCUUGCGGCUGUCUGCACUGUAGCUGCUGACAACGCCGGUCCCAAGAUUGACUUCUCCUCCACCACCGGUGCUCCUCAGCACCUCGCUGCCGGCAUUCUAUACGGUAUACCCGACAACACGAACCAGAUUCCGGACAGCCUGCUCUCCGGAUUCGGCUUCAACUACUACCGAGGUGCCGGAGCCCAGGUCUCUCAUGGAUGGAGCUACAAUGAGGCUGGGUUCCAGCAGCGCUUUGCCAGCGCUCAUAACAACUACAUUGUCACGCGCCGUCACAAUGGUGGCUAUGUCUUAUUGCUGAAUGACCUCUGGGGCUUUGAUUGCUCUUCUAAUAAUAACAGCUCACCAGCGCCAGGUGAUAAUGGUGAUUGGUCGUCCUACGACAAAUUUGUCCAGGCCAUCAUUGCAAAUAUCAAGAAAUACAGCAUGCAGGAAGGCUUGGUUAUUGAUAUAUGGAACGAGCCAGAGGGGAGUUGCUUCUGGGGCCGUAGCAUCGAUCAGUGGCUUCAAAUGUGGGGUCGCGGAUGGCAUCAGUUCAAUGAUGCUUUCGGGAAGGCCGUGUUGACGUCGGGUCCAACUCUUGCCGGCCAACCAGGUACAAGCAAUUCUUGGUGGACACAGUGGGCUCAGUUUGUCAAGAACAACAAUUCCGUACCCGACCAAUAUGUAUGGCACGAGGAGGGAGGUUCAGGCUCCGACUUUGAAUACAGCUACGGUGUCUUGCAACAGAUCCUCACUAAAUACGGUCUCCCCCAGCGCCAAAUCAACAUCAACGAAUACGCUACAUUCAACGAGCAAGUCCCCGCUGGAUCCGCAUUCUGGAUUUCCCAGCUCGAACGCCGUAAUGCCAUUGGUCUUCGUGGCAAUUGGCUAGGAGGCACCCAGCUUCACGACCUAGCUGCCAGUCUUCUCUCCAAACCCAAUCCCUCGGACUACGCUUCUACAGGUUACUUUGCUAAUGGUGACUGGUGGGUGUAUAAUUACUACUCACACAACAUGACGGGCCAGCGUGUUUCGACUUCUGUGUCUUCUGAUGGCCGGUUUGAUGCAUAUGCAACCGUGGAUACUACAACGCGCACUGCUAGAGUAUUGUUCGGCUGUCAUCCGCCUACCACCGGUACUUAUGAUGUGACAUUCUCCGGUUUGGCAAAGUUGGGCCUCCCGUCUUCUGGAACCCUGCAAGUCAGGACUUGGAAAUUCGCUGCUGGUAGUGAUGUUCACUAUAGCGAGAUGGGCCCUCCAGCAGAUUUAGGUUACUAUGGUCACACUAUUAGCAACGGACAGAAAGCUAAGGCCAUUGUUGAAAGAUGGCAUCAAAGAGCUGUCGACUUGGCAUCUGUCAAGACACUCCUGCAGAGGGACGAGACGGAUUUUGCAACAUAUCCUGAGCUCAAAUGGGAUGCUCAAGUUCGACAUGGCUCCUCUCUUCAUUACGAAGAACAAAGGUUCAUUGAGCUUCGGAAGUCGAGAAUGUCAUCACGAGGAGAGGAUGCGUUACAUCGCUUCCUAGAUCUAUCGCCUGACGAGAAGGUCGACCCCAGAGAUGUCCCACUCGUCGCUUUAGGGGGAUCAGGUGGAGGGUAUAAAGUCAUGUAUGGCUUCACAGGGUUCAUCUCAGCAGCCAAGAAGCAUGGCCUAUGGGAUUGCAUCACCUGGACUGCGGGCGUUAGUGGAAGUUGUUGGACGCUCGCAGCCUACUACACUAUUGCUCGGCAUGACAUACAACGGCUCAUAGACCACUAUCUUACUGUAGCGAGUGAGCUUGCUCACCCAAUGAGCAUUCAUGCUUUGAACAUGGUUGCGAGAAGCAAGAGAGGCGUUUACUUUCUAAUAGGUCCUCUGGUCAGUAAAGCGAAGAAAAGCAUCAUUGGCUUGGGGAUUAUGGACCUUUACUCGACUCUUACCGCAACGUAUCAACUGCUCUCGAGAGAGCCAAAGGGCAGACUAAGCAGAGCGACGUUUCAGUGGUCAAAGAUCUGGCAUCGAUCAGGUAUAGAUAGGGGAUUGGAGCCAAUGCCGCUUCUCGCAGCCGUGAGACGAGUACCGAAGUAUUCAUACGAGCCAAAGACAAUCUCCGCCAAGGCCAGGGAUAUUAAGAAACCACCGACAUCUCGGCAACUGGAUUUUGUCGAAGGAAGUGAUCAGACAAAUGCAACAGUUGCUGUGAACAGACGAGCCAAGAAGUUCUUCCAAUACUUCGAGAUCUCACCCCUCGAGGUCGGGAGUCCAGACCUCAACCGCUAUGUACCAACUUGGUCAUGGGGACGUACCUUCAUCUCAGGAUACUCCGUGGAUCGCCGUCCAGAGCAGUCCUUCUCCCUCCUACUGGGUCAGUGUACCAGUGCUCCAGCGGGUCCUUUGGCGGAAUGCAUCAAAGCCCUUCUGGUUACUAUACCCAAGAACACGAUAGUGGCACGAUUGGUGACGCUCUUUAACAACUUACUCCAGUCCAAACACUUUGAGGGCUUUUGGGGAAAUCCAAUCCGCGCAGGUCAUGACCCGAAUCCUUUUUACGGACUUGAAAGACCUGUAGGGAUGCGAGAACAUACAUCAGAGCACUCCUUGUACAUAUCCCGAGUUUCCCAUCAGCAUCAAAGAGGGAUGCACAGCAGCGACAGAUCCGUUUCCAAUCCUGCAGCCUUGCAGUCGCAUGCCUUUCCACCGUGGGAAGCACAGGGGCGUACAAGACUCAUGGACUCCGGCAUGGCGAAUAACCUGCCGAACCAUAUCCUCGCUCGGCCAGAGCGAGGUGUUGAUGUUUUCAUAUCUUUCGAUGCGUCUUCGGAUAUUCACACUGGAGCAGCUGUCCAAAGAUUGCACCAUUUCGCUGCUGACUUCGACAUUGAGCUGAGAGAAGUGACGUGGGAGUUUCACAAGCCACAGCGGAAUAAGAAUUUAUCUUCAAGGCAUGCGUUGGAAUUCGAGUUUCGAUACAUGGAUCACUACGCUAGGCUCUUUCAUGGAAGAAGACAGAGCGGGCAAGAUAUGUACAUCAUCUACUGCCCACUCUUACCGAAUGCCUUGAACCCGGACUUCAAUCCCACGGUGAACAGCGUCGUUUUCGACAUCAACAAACCUCAUGUGGACACCAGAUCAGGUUAAGAGCGUUCUUACAACAGCAGAGGCGAACGUUUCUAAUUAUGCUAUUGAUACCAUACGAAGGGUAUUAAGGAAAGUUUACGAAGACAAAAAGAAACAUAGACUUGGUUCACAUGGGGCCGAAACCUAAAUGAGAUGAUAAUACACUUAGU